AUGCAGCGGAACAGACAUGGCUCUGCAAGGAGGGCCCCGGGUUACGGACUCAGCCCGUCACCCUCGUCCCAGAGCGAUAUGAUUCCGGGUAACUCCGACGUUGGCACCGUUGACCCUGGUUUCUACUAUCAUAUGUAUCAGACUGGUACAAUGGAAGGAAACGGAAAUAUGUCUUCAUCUGGCUUGGAACAUGUCCCGUAUCAUCCGCAUGUAGGGGAGGGAAUCAACAUCAACACUUACGGACACGGACAGACGAACCUAUUCAACCCAGCUCAGAUGCAGAUGCACAUACUGUCCUACCAGGAGCAGUACAUUCCCAUUCCCAUGUCCAUGAAUCCUAAUCCGAGUCCCUAUUAUGCUAUGCAUCCAAUCCCAAUCCAUCAAUCCCAAUCCCUCCCUCUCCCUAUACCCCGACAAACCCUACCGUCGACACCAACAUCGACAGCGUCAGCUUCAACAACCAUGACCCCAACCCUCAUCCACCCAAAAAGUCCCAUCAACAGCAACAGCGAAAACGAAGGGACUUCCCCGGAAGAAAAAGAAAAACCCCCAAUAACAAAAUAUGGCCAUCCCCUCCCCGACGGAACCUACCGCUGCGCACACCCAAACUGCACCUCACAAACCACCUUCCGCCGCGCCUGCGAUCUCCGCAAACACUACAACCAGCACCGACGACACCUCUUCUGUCGCUACGAGGGAUGUCCACAGUCUCAGUCACCGGCCCAGGCUCAGGCUGAGUCACUCGGCCGGGGAGGAGGGUUCGGGGUCGGGUUCUCGUCGAACAAGGAUCGAGCGAGACAUGAGGCGAAGCAUAACCCCGGUGUUAUGUGCGAGUGGGAGGGGUGUGGAAGGGUGUUUAGUAGGGUUGAUAAUAUGAAGGAUCACGUUAGGAGGAUUCAUUUGAGGGCGGGGGGAGGGAGUCUUCGGUUUCUGCUUCCGUUUCUUCUUCUUCCCAUCAGCGAGCAUCAUCAAGGUGACAUAUAUAAGGUUCACAGAACUCUAGUUUUGUAA